AUGGAGGACCCUCUUUCUCAUCUGCCUGUUGGAGAACUGAUCGAGAGAGCAAACAGUAAAAUCAAUCCUGCCAGUGGUGAAACUGUGCUGACUGAAGGAGACAUUGUUCCUACUCGCAAUUGGAAAAACGCUGAUCCCUGCACUUCCACUGGCUGCAAGUGGCCAAAGUCGCCUGAUGGAAAUGUCUAUGUUCCCUACCUGAUCUCCUACCCAUACUCUGCUACUCAGAUGCAGGUUAUCCAGAAGGCUCUGGACUCCUUCUCCACAGUCUCCUGCAUCCACUUCAUACCACGCACCAAUCAGAAGGCUUAUAUUAACAUCAAAUCGAUUAAUGGAUGUUGGUCUCUUAUUGGACAUACUGGCAGUAUGCAGACGGUGUCUUUGGCUCAAUAUGGUUGUAUCUACCACCAGAUCAUCCAACACGAGCUUCUUCAUGUUCUGGGCUUUCAUCAUGAGCAAAGCCGCAGUGACCGAGACAAGUAUAUUCAAGUGGCCUGGGAGAAUGUUUCAGACGAUAUGAAAGGCAACUUCAACAUAAAGCGAACUCUAAAUCGUGGAACUUCCUACGAUUACAACUCUGUCAUGCAGUACCAAAGAACUGCUUUCUCUAAGAACGGCCUUCCCACCAUGAUCCCCUUCCCUGACCCCAAUGUGGCCUUUGGCCAAGCCACAGAAAUGAGCCAAAAUGACAUCACCAGGCUCAAACUCCUCUACCAGUGCUGAAAACUCCUGUGUGCUGCAGAUGAACAGUUUUCCUGGUGACAUCUGUUGGAUGUAAAGGCGAUUUCAA